AUGGACGUGGCCUGUAUGUAUCAGCAGGAUUGCGACACGGGAUCUUCACUCCGCAAGGCCAUUUCGCAUAUCUUCGGGCGGAACAAGACAUGCACUAGAAACAUACCUCCAAAGGUUUGGGUUCACUACUGUCGCAAGCAUUAUCAACGAAGUCGAUAUCGUAAUGGACCGGAAUGGGCCGACACCCAGUGUGAGUUGGUACAGAGGCAGAUCCGUCGUGUCCAGGAAUGGAGUGACGAAAAUAGGCGAACUGGACAACCGGGAAUAAUAAAGGACUGGUCAUUGUCUAUGAGGAAGAGGGAGAAGACUCGUAUCCAGGAAAAGUCCGCCAAAAAGCGUUCUCAUCGCGAAGAUAGUGAUGACGAAGAAGACGAUUUACCUGACAGUGCUGUCUUGAACGGCACUGCCGUGCCUGAUUGGCUACGUACCAGGUGUGGUAGUGGUUAUACCACGGCCGAAAUCGAGGAAAUUGUAACUCGCAUGCGAAAUGAGAUAAAAGAGGCGCAGAGCACUCAGAUUCCUGACAUAGAGAUUCUCCCAAACAUCUCCAUGGAAAUCCCGGAUGACACGAAACCCAAGACGAUGACUAGGCAGAAAAGUAGCCCUAGUAGUCAAAUCCACAAACGCUCUCAGUCAGUUGGCGUCGCUCUUCGGCCCGAGCCACGCCCGAUGAUGCGUCGCGUAAGCCAACCCGCGUAUGUCCGACACGAAGAUGUGCACCUACAUCCUGGUGAGAAGCGUCAGCGUAUAUCCGGCACGCUCCCGUACGGUGCUUCUCAUACAUUCAUGAAUUCGAGGCCACCCGAGCAUCCUACCCUUGCCUCGUCACGACCCAUCCAUCCUCUUCCUCAUCGCCAAGGCUUUGGCAAUAUCCCAGAGAGCCGUGCUGAAGAGCUAUAUUACCAUCACGAUCCCUCCAGAGCCCCAGAAUACGGCUUCAAUCGUUGGCCUAAUUUAGGUCCUCAGCGGAAUCAAGUUCAACCAAUGGGUGCAGCACCAGGAAUUAGCGGCCACCAGCGGUCUUUUUCCGAAGCCGGCAACGUUCAUCCUAACAUUCCUUUCCCGCCUCCUUUUGGUAAUGCUCCAAUGUCGGCUAGCUAUCCAUCAGAUCCGUCAUCUUAUGGUAGAGGCACAAUACCUCCGGCGCAAUAUCCGCCUCAAUAUCCGCCUCAAUACCCACCUCAAUACCCACCUCAAUAUCAACCUCAAUAUCAACCUCAAUACCCACCUCAAUAUCAAUCACAAUAUCAACCACAAUAUCAACCUAACCAACCUCUACCAACCCUAACUAUUAUGAUGGUCGGCCAGUACCGAAUCAGCGAGGCCCUGGUCUCUACACCCACCCCCUCCGCCAACUUCGGGGCCGGGUCGUCCUCCCCUCGACCUCGGCUAUAG